AUGGUGGAAACAGCAGCCAAUACUUCCAACACAGAGGCUUCAUCUUCUUUGCAAGAUUCAUAUAAUAUUGGUGAUCCUCUGUUCUUGCAUCCUAGAGAAAAUCCUGGAGCAAUUCUUACUUCUCAACCAUUGAUUGGGGAAGCAAAUAAUCCUGCCUGGGCAAGAUCAGUAAAGAAAUCUCUAAUUGCCAAAAACAAGUUAGGAUUUAUUGAUGGAUCAUUAACCAUUUCUUCACCAUUGGUGAAUUCUCCAAAUGCUAUUCAAGCAUGGGUUCGUGCUGAUAAUAUGGUAAGUACAUGGAUCAUUAAUUCUGUUUCACCAAAGCUUCAAGGUAGUAUUAUAUAUAGAGAUACUGCUUUAGAAAUCUGGAUUGAUCUUAGAGACACUUUCAGUCAAGGAAAUGGGACCAAGAUCUUCAAUAUUCAGAAGCAGAUUGCUGAGAUUCAUCAGGGAGAGAUGUCACUCACUGAAUAUUUCACUCAGCUCAAGAUUUUGUGGGAUCAAUUGCAGAAUUUGAACCCAUUUUCUCAGUGUGGUCAGUGUGUGUGUGGAAUUAAUCAAAACGUACAGAAUCUUCAAGUUAAGGAGUCCACUAUGAAAUUUCUCAUGGGAGUGAAUGAUAUUUUUUCUCAAGUAAGAACUCAAAUUUUAUUAAUGGAUCCUUUGCCUUCUGUUAAUAAGGUGCAUUCUUUGUUUAUUCAAGAAGAAAUGCAGAGGUCUGUACAUAAUGUUGUUAAAGUUGAAUCUAUUGCUCUAGCAACCAAAAAUUUCGAAACCAAUUUUAAAGGCAAAGAAAGGCCCUUAUGCACUCACUGUGGAAAGUUAGGUCAUACCAUCAACAAAUGCUAUAAGCUGCAUGGUUUUCCACCAGGUUUCAAGUUCAAGAACAACAAAUAUGCCACUGCUCAUCAAGUUUCAUCUAAAAUUGACUUCGUUCAAAGGAAUAAUUCUAUUGGAUUUAAUGAUUCUGCUUCAUCUCAAUCUGUUUCUCAAGCUCCAGCUUUCACUCAUGAUCAAUAUCAACAACUUUUGACACUAAUUGGUUCUUGUUCUUCUUCACAAUUGCCUAAAAAUUCAGAACUCCAUGCUGCUAAUGCUGUGACUGGUCCAUCAAAUGUUGUUGCAGGUAAUUGCAAGCAUUCUGUUCUUUCUGCAAAAGCUGUUGACAGAAAAGCAUAUAAUCUUCAUACAUGGGUUAUUGACACUGGUGCAAGUGAUCAUAUAGUGUGUUCCAUUCAGUUAUUAACUUCUUAUACUGAGGUCUCACAUACUACGGUGAAGAUGCCUAAUGGAGAAGCAGCUAUUGUUACACAUAUUGGCAACAUUCAACUUUCUUCCCACAUAAUUCUUCACAAUGUUCUUUGUGACCUUACAUGUUGGAACACGAUUGGAAUGGGCAAAAUGCAUGAUGGUUUGUACUUACUACAAGCUUCGAGUCUUUCUCAAGCCAUUGCAUUUUUUCCUAAUCAGAAUCUUAAGGCUUUCUCUACUGCUUGUUCUUCUUCUCUUUCUUCGAAUGUAUUUUCACUUUGGCAUUCAAGACUUGGACAUCCUUCUGAUGGUCCUUUUUCUGUUUCAACCUCUAAUGGUCACAGAUAUUUUCUUACUAUUGUUGAUGAUGCUUCUAGAGCAACUUGGGACCUUGAUGAUAAUAUUCAUGAUUUUCCUGAUAUACAUGGUGUUUCUAAUACAUCUAAUCAGCCUAUUGUUCUUAGAAGAUCUACUAGGCAUUCUAAACCACCAUCUUAUCUUGAGGCUUAUCAUUGUAAUCAAGCUCAAUCAGCUUCUACUUCAAAAUCUUUCUUAACAUGA